ACGUCGGCCUCCGAAUCUGAUUUCAUUCAUGGCUCGGAUGGAGCAUAGUAGUACGCUUCGUAAAAUGAUCAAAGUAGCACUUUGAGAAUUGGUUUGGGCACUCUUACGCAUUUCAUUCAUUCAUCUGUAGUAGUCGACUGGCCGGGACCGAUCAGCCAGCGUUCGAGUUUCGUCAAUGUUUUAUAGAAAAGACGCGAACAUGUAUUUAGAAAGUAUCGUGGUUUUGGUGCUAUUCAAUUUUUGUGUCAGUACGAGGAUACCUCUGGAGGUUUUCCAAAGGUAUCCAACGGAACACCAUCACCAUGGGCACAAGCUGAACCAUUUAAAUAAUGGCAAUUUCUACAGGAAAAAACUGCAAGAGCACGUACCUUUAAAAGUAUUGUAUCAAGUGGGGACAUCAGAAGAAGAUCUGCCUGAAUGCAACACGAGAUCAGUAUGUAACAAAGUGGAUCUGUAUGACACUCCCUGGGUCGAAAAACAAUGCAGAUGCGCCAAAGGAAAAACAUGUCCCAUGGACCUUUCCACGGACGAUGGGCACACAUUUGUCGAGAAAACUAGGCAAUAUAAAGUAUGCGAGUCGAUCAGAAAGCUUCCCAGAUGCAGAUACUUUCGUGAUACAACAUGGUCCAUUACCUUAUACCAAAACAACGUUACAGAUCAAGUGAUUCACUGUCACUGUCCAAAAAAUUCUCUAGCAUAUCUUAACAAAAGAAACGUACUACAUCUGCCCAAUGGUCAGUUAGCUUUUCAGUACCUCUUUUCCUGUUCGCCACAAACGAGACUUCGCUGCCAGAGAAAGGAACCUUGCCGGUUGUUUACAGUUCGCAAACGUCAAGAAUUCUUGGACGAAGUGAACGUAAACACUUUAUGCCAAUGCCCCCAAGCCCACCGAUGCCCGCACCACCACACGGAUUACGGCGUAGUUUCCGUAAAAACGUUCAGCGAAGACACCAUCAAGACCUACAGCGGGUACUGCCUACCUUCGUAGUACCCUCCACAGGUGGCGCCGCUUGUCCGUUUAUUGUACAGUCUCGGCUCAUAUUUCGGCCUCGAUUUUAAAUAUUUCUUUUUUGAAUUUAUUGAAGAAAAAAAGAAAUUUGUACAGAUAGGUUAUUGUGUCAGACAUGACGAUAUUUAUUUUUGUAUUUAGUUCUAACGGAUGACUUUUUCCUAUGGUGGUGAACAGUUCGAUCAGACAUAAUUAAGGAUCCUGUAAAUUAUCUUUUAAAAGUUCCAAAUACGCUGAAAUAGUACAAAUGCUUUAUAUUCAUAAUUUAUUUUAAAACUGUUAUUACUAGGGUUUCCAUAAGUCAGGAUUUACUCGGAUAUGUUCUUUUGACCGGAAUUUUAAAAAAUGCCCGGAAAAUCUAAACGUAAAAACAACUUUGUAGAAUACUCUAAUCGUUACGAUGUCACAUACCGAUAAAACUGACAUCGUUGGAAAGUACCCAUAUCCAUAUGAUUAUUUUUUUCGUUUUCGGUGCACUAGUGGAUGUGAGUUGUGAAUUUUUUUGUCUUUAUUUUGUUAUAAUUACGUAUCCUUUAUAAAUCUAAGUCUAUCGAACGAUCUAUAACAGUGACAGUUGUGCCUCAAAUUUUAUUUCACAAAUUUUAAUUCACAAGUAAAUUAUAUUUUCUGUCAUUUUUUGAGUGUUAUCUGUCAAAACCUACCCUGACCUGUUGGAUAGACUUUGGCUCAUGCUAAUUGUAUAUGCAACGGGUAAAUUGGUUUGGAAGUUUCGGUAUAUAAUGUACAAUAUUUAAUUUUACCAAUAAAAUUAAGCAUUUAAUAAUGCCAAACCAAAAGUGUGUAAUUGUAAAAUUUAAAAGUGUGUAAAUUAUGUAAAAACUGUAUUAAAAACAGAUAAUUCAAUUCUGAUGUCAUUUGUAACGUAUGCCACACAAAUCUUAGUAGUGCUCGCAAAGACAAAAGGGCAUAAUCCUUUUAACACUUUUUCAACUGCCAUUAAGCAUUAAGCAUUCCUGCUUAAAGCAAAGACUGAGGGAAGAAAGUAUAUCGUCAGACGGGCAUCCAACCAAUGAUAGAAAAUACAAUUUACCUGUGAAUUAAAAUGACAGAAAACUCUUAUCUCGUUAGACAAACUAGUCCGGAUUUCAAGAGAUCACUUGUCCGGAAUUUUCAAAAGCUUAUAUGGAAACCCUAGUUAUUACUGUAAUUUUAUUUUUUGUAAGUAAACAUUCCUGUGUAAAAAUACUUAAUUGUACGAGACAUAUUUUCAAUAACGAAAUAUAUAUUCAGAAUUUAAAAUACUGUAAAUAAUCUAUAUUUUAUAGUCAUACACAGUACAGGUCAUAAUAAUAGAUUUUGUUUUAAUACCUUAAAAAUGACCAAACAUAAACUAAAUGUUAUAUUGUUUUUAUUAAAAAAAUGCAUGUAGAAGAAACCAGUGACCAGUUGACAAUUCUUACCUCACUAGGCCAUACAUUUAUUUAAACUGUUUAUAUUCUAUGUAUUAUUUUUAUAGAUAUUCUACUUUGUAAAAAUGUGGAGUCGAAUAUAUACAUAAAGAUAUUAGAUAUGAAUGUCUAAAGUUGUUAAACAAACUUUAUAUAAAUCAUUUAAAUAAUGAAAUAAAUAUUA